UGACGAUGUAUUCUUUGUUGCCCUCUACCUUCUGCCAGGGAUUAUUAUAGAACUGUAUCCUUUAAACAGCAAAGACAUUUUUGAGAAAGACUGUUAUGUUGAGAUUUUGUUGAUGUCAAAUGGCAAAAACUGAAAUCUCUGGAAGGAAAUUCUGUGCUCUGAUGAGUGCAAAGGCUCGAUGUUUGGUGCAGACCCACAGGAAAUAUUAUUUGUGCAUUUGGGGGUUUUCUUAAUCAAGAACUAGAAGCUUUGUUGGCGCUUUGAUAUAGCCAAAUGCAAUGUGAAUAGAAGCAAAUUCUGCAUGUUCUAGUAAAGUCACAUGGAAAAAAAGGUUAGCAUUCUUGAAGUAUGGCUUGAAAAGCAGCCUAGAGAAACUCUACUUUUAAAAAGAGCUGGAGAACCACUGAACUGGCAUUGAUUAGAAUAAAUGUCCAGUAAUUGUACAAAUCUGUGAGCAAUCUAAGGACUGUAAGGACUAUGAACCAAAUAUUGAUUCAAGAAAAAAUGACUCGUUCUAAAUAAAUAAAUAAAUGUUCUUCAAUAAAACUAUGUUUGACUAGAAAAAUAUGUUAGUGAUUCAUGUUCACAGAAAGAAAAUAAAGUGACCAUUGUAAGACACAAAGCUAUUGUAAUCUACUGGUAAAAGAUUUCCCUUUACAACAAAAUAACUGAAUCGUAAUCUAUUAAAGUCUGUUGUAUUGUCAUCCAGCCAACAAAGGCCAAGUAAUUUUCGAACAAAGCAACAAUUGUGUGAGCAGAACAUGUUGCCUUGGACCUCACUGCAUGGAUCAGCAACUUUCCCAUCUACUGCAACUUCAAUCAACUUUCUAAUCUGCUAUCUGCAGGUGUUUCUUCCUUUUCCGCUGUGAACCCAUCCUACCAUCACCAAACGUUUCACCAUGUCUGAUGUAGAGGAGGAAUAUGAGGAACAAGCAGAGGAGGAGGAAGAGGAUCCAGAGGAUGCAGGAGCAGAACAGCAGGAGUAUACAGAAUAUCAAGAGGAGACUCUGGAAGAAGAGGAGGAAAGACCCCGGCCUAAGCCCAUGGUUCCACAACUUGCCCCUCCAAAGAUUCCAGAGGGUGAGCGGGUUGAUUUCGAUGAUAUUCACCGAAAAAGGAUGGAGAAGGACCUUCUGGAGUUACAGACUUUAAUUGAUGUCCACUUUGAGCAGAGGAAGAAAGAGGAGGAAGAACUGAUCGGUCUCAAGGAGAGAAUUGAGCGGCGGCGAGCAGAAAGAGCAGAACAGCAGCGUGUUAGAACAGAGAAAGAAAGACACAGACAGACAAGGAUUGCGGAAGAGCGUCAGAGGCAACGAGCUCAGGAGAUGUGGAACUGGAUUUACCAGCUGGAGUCAGAGAAGUUUGACCUCUUGGAUCAAAUGAAGAGACAGAAAUAUGAGAUUGUUGUUCUGUUGAACAGGAUUUCCCACGCUCAAAAGUUCAAAAAAGGCCAUGGUAAAGGAAAGGUUGGAGGUCGCUGGAAAUAAGAAAUUGGAAAAAUAAUGAAAAGACACCAUGGAUGCUUUUACUUUUGUUUCUUCUGUCAAUUUCACAGCCUGUGCAAAAGAAUAACAGUUCUGAAUGUAUUCAAAACUCCUCUCAGAUCUGAUGUGCUUGGAUUAGAUUAAUCACUUCUGUAAUUGGAUAAAAGG